UUUAGUCCCUAGUGACCGUAUCACAAUGGACGACCAUGUCUUGAUAGGUACCAAUUUACCUAUUUACUGAACAGCUUAUCAUUUCAUGAUCUUGAUUGAGAGUCGUCCACUUCUAUGCAAUCGCGGUCAUAUUAAGGGACAAUGGCAGGCGUCGAGCGGAGCUUCCACCUGGAAGCGGUGAAGGCGCAGGCGCGCAACCUGGCUCGGAUGUCACCUGCGCCAGAGGAAAAGCUGCAGUACCUCCUCCGCCAAUGCCCCGAUCUUUCACAGAGCAACUUCACCGUCACCCGAAGGCACCAAGACUCUGUCAUAGCUCUCGGAAUCUAUUUAUUAGAAUCAGGUCUUAAUCACAAACAGCUUAUUGUCGGAUACCUGCUCAAGCUGCUGCACGGUUUACCGAAAGCGUCUUGGGCUGAUGAAAGAACACUUUCGCCUGACGAACGCUUACCGCCUAUUGAGCGUUUUUCGUUCUUAUUGAAUACACUACUCACCGAUGUGAUGAUGCAGGACGAAAAUCUUCAGGAGGAAAUCCUCACUGCACAGAUCGUGUUGCUACAGACACUUUUAAAUAUGGUCCGUGGGCUGCAAACGAGUGACUCGCAGGGUCCGGGAAAGCCGGGUCAGGGAAAGAUAACCCUGUGUCGUGUUGUUGUACCACUUAUUCUUGGUACUGGACGCGCGUUCGGCCGCUGUCAUCCCGACGGCAAAUCGAUAUUUCUGCUAAUAUUUCCGGCGCCAAAACCACCGAGCCCAAUCCGAGUCAAUUCACUGUUAAAUACACUGCCGAAAAGCAAGCGUACAUUUAACUCAUUCCGACCGAUCAUUCCCCGAUCGCUUUCGGAACUUACGUCAGACACAGCUAACUCUGUCGAAUCUUAUUCGAUAGAUGAGCCGCAGAGCUUCAAUCUGGUUAGUAUAGACUACGACCCGACAAGCUACUUCUUCAGAAAGAUUGGUUCCUCUUAUAGUCAGCUUCUACCACAGACAAAUAAAACUCCGCGAUUGGUGCCAAUAUCAACGUGUCAGACGCUGCUAAUUUUGGCUAAGAAACUAUUAAAGAAUGAUAUCCUCUCAUAUAUGGACGCACAAGCGGCGUUAGUCUAUGAAGCGGGCGACCUUCGAGUGUUUCCCUAUAAAAGCCUAUCUGAAGUGGUUAAUUUAGUGAUGCUAGGGCUAUUACAAGAAUUGUUGUGUCGCAAUCCGCGAGCCGGUGUUCCUGGUCAGUUCACAAAGGACGUUCAAGAGUUUGUUAAGGCCAUUUUUCUCGCAGGUCAGACUGAACUUCAGAAGGAGUCGAAGGAUGACGAAUUCAACGCCGUCACUCUGGUGGUACAAUCAAACGCAGCGUGCGUUGAUCUACUUGUAUGGGCAGAACUGGAUGACAUUGGAGCGGACAGUCUCUGCGGGCGGUUAUCUGAGCGCAUCUGUACACCUAGCGCACCACGUACUGUUGUGGCUCAUUUGCCAUUGCUGCUGGUUUGUCUUGAGGGGUUGGGUAAAUUAGCUGAACGCUUCCCGAAUUUAGUCGAAACUUCCGUAUCUGCUCUCAGGGAUUUCCUCAUAACACCAUCGCCAAUACUUGAGAAACUUUACUGCGUCACUCAAGAGAGUACUGGUAAGAAUCAGCAGGCUUCAUCGGAGAAGAGCGGCACGGGAACCGUGCCAAUGGUGUCUCCAGCUGUUAAAGCGGCCUACGAGCGGUUACGCGACACGGCUAUCGAGAACAUUUGCCGAGUGCUUCGCGUCGGUCUGCAGGAGGACGCCGAAUGUGUGCAGGCUUUCCUGGCUUCGUUGUCGAACCGUCUCUACCAGGCUGAAAAGUUCCGACCGGGCGAGGCGGGUCUUGUGGCCCAAAACACGAUUCUGACCUUGGGUCACGUAGCGGUUGCCUUGAAGGAUACACCGAAGACGUCGAAUUCGAUCCUACAGUUCUUCCAGCAAAAGUUCAACCAGCCGGCAUCAUCGCUUGACACCCUGAUAGUCGAUCAGCUCGGUUGGAUGGUUAUUGCUAAGGUGGAGAAGCACGUGUUUGAUGCCAUCCUUAAAAUGUUCAGUCUUGUCACUAUGGAGUCCAGUUCUCAACAGUACAACGUCGGCACCAAUGAAGACCACAAGCAAGGUUAUAGGCACGUUUCACUAGCUGUUAUCAACGCACUGGCGAAUAUCGCGGCGUCGUUGCAGGGCGAGGAGUCUAUGAGCGAGCUGCUCUCUACUCUGUUGGAACUGUUUGUUCAACUGGGUCUGGAGGGUCGUCGCGUAUGUGAGCGACAAAGCGCGCUCAAGGCCUCGAGCUCUGCUGGCAACCUGGGAGUGCUUAUUCCUGUGAUCGCGGUGCUGAUUCGCCGUAUGCCGCCCAUUGUUAACCCCAAGCCGCGGCUUCAUAAGCUGUUCUGGGAUUUCUGGCACUAUUGCGUUGUGAUGGGUUUCACCUCAGAGUCAGGCCUCUGGCCAUCCGAGUGGUUUGACGGGGUGCGUGAAAUCGCAUGUAAAAGCCCCCUCAUCGUGAGCAAAGAACAUCUCCGUUCAUCAUUACAGUACAAUUCGGCUAUCCGCUCCGACACAGUAUCAGUAGGCGAGUUACAAGAGCUACGCAAUCAAACGCUCAAGUUACUGAAAACCGAUUUACCUUUUACAGUUGACAUAAGUGCCACAGUGAAUAAACUCAACUUUGCGCAGUGUACAUAUCUCAUGGCAGUGUUACGACUCGAAACUCUACGUGCCCAAAAUCUUUUGCAGGGUGACUGCCAUCUGGACUAUAUGUUUCAAUAUCUUGAAUUUCCCACAAUUCAGAAGGACAAGUCAAGCUUGUGGCAGUGUAUGAUGGCAGUAUCGGAUAAAGUAUUUCUAGCAUUACUAGACGUUAUGCUGGCUAAGCCAAAAAACAAAGAAAGGGACGAUGAACUAGAGAGACAUGCUACAUUCCUGCUGGUCAAGUUUAACCAUCCGCAAAAACAGAUUCGUCGUAUUGCCGAUAAAUACCUGGCGGCUCUCGUUGAUAAAUUCCCCCAUUUGCUCUGGAGCGGAAAAGUGCUGUGGACUAUGUUAAAUAUUUUACAUGUACUUGCGAAAAGUCUUGAGUUAGAUCCAAAUCAUCUAAAUCCAAGUCUUAAAGUUCCUGGAACCAAAUACGUUCUUUCCCUAACGGACACAUUGGAGGCCCGCGAAAGUAUAGUACAGGACUUUGCUGCUCGCUGUCAGGGCAUCAUCCAGGAAGCCAUGAAGUGGGCGCCGAAAGUGACUCGCUCACAUCUUGAAGAGUACUUGUCCUGCUCUUCUGCUAAAGCCGUAUUCACACAACAUUCGGGCGUAUCCUUAGCGCUAGAAAGCGUUCUACGAUUUGCUGGACUUAACAACUAUUCGGCCCCCCUGCCAUCUACGACACUCGAUAAAUGGCCAAGUUGCGUUAAGAAUAAUAGCUCAGAAUUUGUUUGCGCGAUCGGGCUACGCUCACGCUUCGGAGGCGAGAUCACUGGUCUAUUGCAAGGUGCCGAUGACUUCCACAGGGUUCGCAACGACUUAGCUAAUCAGCUUCUCGCAAAGCUUCGUCAAAGUUGGGAGACGAAUAGCGCCGCGGUUCAUAUGGAAUCGGUGUUCCGCAUUACGGCAUUACUGAUCCACACAAAGGGCGUAGACCGUUCCUUGCUCCACGCACUUUGCUGGACCACCGUUGAGUUUUUCGCAGCGGAUGCCAUGCGAGCUACAGUUGCCUGUUGGCAUUGGCUGUUAGCAGCUCGACCAGAUCUCGAGCUUGUUUUCUUGCAGGAGAUGAGUUCUGCAUGGCUUCGUACCGUUGCGCUUCGGCUGGGCAUCUUCUCUGUCGAACGCGAACAGCCCGAUCCAACACGUCCUCAAGAAGGUGUGAUACUUGAACCACGAACUCCGUUUGUAGAACCUCAUGCAAUAUGGGUGAUGUUCUUGUCUGAACGAAUCGAGACGGCAAAAUAUAGCAGUUCAGACCAGGUGGAAAUUUUGGCUGACCUUUUUCAACGAUCGCUGGCAGCGACGGUCGUGUCGAAGGACGAACCUCGUCUCACAAAACAUGUUGGAACCAUCGGGACGCGUUUUCGAUUUCUCAACAGUGGACUCUCGCUAUUGCAGGGUGAUGUUCUAACAUCACAUAUAUAUCGAACAGUGCUUCGUGAACGCAUUUAUUGCGCCGCGUUAGACUUCUUCUGUGGGCCUCAGAUGUGCCCAACACAGAGCGACGCUGAACUUCGCGACGAUAUCUCGGUGCUAAUCAAGUUUUGGACAUCAGUGUAUCAAGAAAAAAAGUAUCUUAAAUCACGGAACUCCCCCGAUGGUUGGGAAGCACCACAAGCCGAUGGGCGAGGUUCCGCUGACCUGUUGUCGCGGACUACGCCAACAGGCUGGAUUAAUACGGUGGGCAUUAGUAGCGGCAUGUCGACAAUAUCGAGGAGAUCUUCCGCCGGUCGAACCAAGGACGGCCAAGUCGGGGGCACGACUGGUUCAUCGCACUCAAACAUGCAACUUUUCGCGGAAGAUUACAUUAAGAAAAGGAAUCUUAUUUUGUGGCUACUGUCGUUCGAAAUCGAAUUUCUAUCGACAUGGUACAACCCAAUGAGUGCUCCAGAGAAAACAAUUCCGAAUGAGAAUGUGCCGCAAUCGUGGCGUGCACAAACGAUGGCAGAAAGAAAUCAGCGCGAGACGACACGUCUAGCCUGGGAAAUCGCCCCCACCCUUGCAGUGUACCUGCCGUAUCGAUUUAAAACGCAGGAGACGAUUGCACAGGAAGUAUCAUCGCUUGUCCGACAGAACCCAACGAUGGUGGCACACCUUCCAGAUGCAUUACAAUUCCUGGCCACACCUGACAGCGUAACGGCAGAUGGUGCCGAUUUAAAUCAUAUCUUAACAUGGGCACACGUGUCUCCGAUUAAGGCACUGGCGUUCUUGUCAAAACAGUUUUCACCCCACCCUAUCACGGCUCAGUACGCGGCUCGGGUGUUGGAGCGGUGUCCACCUGACACCAUCAUGCUCUACAUUCCCCAGCUGCUGCAGGCCAUGCGCUGUGACGAGAUCGGCUACGUCGCGGAAUUUCUACGUAAAACGGCCGCUCGAUCUCAGCUAUUUGCACACCAACUUAUCUGGAACAUAAAAACCAAUCUGUAUAUGGACGAAGAAAGUACACAGAAGGACGAGCUGUUUGAAGAGUUUAAUGUCUUACUAGAGUCGAUCCUCGAGGCGCUAUCGGGACCCACCAAAGCAUUCUAUGAGCGCGAAUUUGACUUCUUCAGUCGCAUCACCGAUAUUUCCGGUCAUAUCCGACAUUUUCCAAAGGGAGCUGAACGGAAGAAAGCGUGUCUCGAAGCCCUCUCCCAGAUCGUCGUCCAACCUGGUUGCUAUCUGCCAUCGAAUCCCGAAGCCGUAGUGGUUGACAUCGAUUAUAAUUCGGGUACCCCGAUGCAGAGUGCGGCAAAGGCGCCGUUUUUGGCGCGAUUUAAGGUGCGUCAUUGUGGUAUCGCUGCCAUGGAAAGUCAUGGAAUGCAGCAAAACAGUGUCGCGUUAGCUAAGGUGAGCUCGCCAAUGAGCGAGGACGAUAUGGCUCGGGAGUACUAUCAGGCGGCCAUUUUCAAAGUAGGCGACGAUGUUCGGCAAGACAUGUUGGCCUUGCAGGUGAUUGCUCUGUUUAAAAACAUUUUCAACCAAGUCGGCCUAGAUCUUUUUCUAUUUCCAUAUCGUGUCGUGGCCACGGCACCUGGUUGUGGCGUUAUCGAAUGCGUGCCUCAGGCUAAGUCACGUGAUCAGCUUGGUCGACAGACCGAUAUCGGGCUAUACGAAUACUUCCUAAAGAAGUACGGGGAGGAGACGUCGCCUGCCUUCCAGGAGGCCCGGUAUAAUUUCAUUAUAUCUAUGGCAGCUUAUUCUGUUGUCGGAUUUCUUUUGCAGAUUAAGGACCGGCAUAACGGAAAUAUCAUGAUAGACAGUCAGGGCCAUAUAAUUCAUAUCGAUUUUGGAUUUAUGUUCGAAUCGUCGCCGGGUGGCAACCUCGGCUUCGAGCCCGAUAUUAAACUUACUGAUGAGAUGGUAAUGAUUAUGGGCGGCAAAGUGGACGCGCCUUCGUUCAAGUGGUUUAUCGAGCUUUGUGUGCGUGCAUAUCUGGCUGUUCGGCCGUACCGGGACGAUAUUAUCACGUUAGUGCAUAUGAUGCUUGAUACGAAAUUGCCGUGUUUCCGUGGCCAGACGAUCAAACUACUUCGGCAGCGCUUCAGCCCAUUAGCACAAUCAGAAAAAGAAGCUGCGAAUUACAUGAUCAAGGUAAUUCGAGACUCGUUCCUCAACUUCAGAACGAGAACAUACGACAUGAUUCAGUUCUACCAGAAUCAGAUUCCAUAUUAAUUUAUUGUUCGAUUAAGAAAACCAUACAUCAGCCGUGACAUUUGCUGCCCUAUCAAUGUCGAUACAUCUCGUGCUGGUCAAUCGGUCGCCAGUUUCGAUCUAGCUUGUCAUUACAACAAUAUAUAUAGAUAUAUAUAAUCUGCCUAAAUUUACGGGCAAUGAUAGUCAUGAAUGAUGCGCCACUACAAAAUGUUAACGAAAUGGUUCUUCCUAAGCGCUUAUGCAAGCGGUUUUGUUACAGGAUAGCCCUAUACUCUGCUAUCCGCCUUAUACCUGCAACCCCCUUCCGUACCCGCAACAACUGUUCGUGUUUAAAACGCUCAGAGAUUCUAUUGUAAAGUACUGUGGCAGAAAUAGAAGUUGUCGGAGGUCAUGUUCAGAGGAGGAUGGCAACGACCAGUCGCCAAACACGCUCUGGUCAUAACUUCUGUGACGAGUUCUACCGCGCUUUAGGCCUAUUUCAUGCACUAUGUGCGUGAGUACACAACACGCAGAGCCGUUCUGUCUACAACUGUUAUUAACGUAUCAAGUGUGAUGUUUUAACAUAUAUUUAGUUAUUGUACAACGACGAUGACCACUUAGUAGUACCCUUAUUAUCUAUACAGAUAAGUCAUUGUGGGUCAAUGUUUAUCGAUGACGGCUGGAAUCCACGAAGGAGUCUUCACCAUCCAACCGCACAAGCAUUUCGUUAUUAUAUCGUAUCUUUACAAAAAGCAAAAAUAAUCGUAAAAUAAGCAAAAGUAACUAAAUAUUAUUGACUAUUAACAAAUUAUUACAAAUAAAUCAUAGUAUGUAAUGACCGUUGACGAAAUUAAACGUG